UGUCUAUCAUGUAUCGUUUGAUGAGACCGCACAGUUCAAAAGAGAGCUGAUCGGUAAAGGUGCGAAAAUAUGGAGGGGGAAUUAAAGUGUCCCUCUUGUACAAAAUUUUAUGUAAAACCUGUUUUAUUGUCAUGUUCUCAUAAUUUGUGUUCAGGAUGUGCCCAUAAUUUACAAGAUUCUGUGGAUAAAUUUAUACCUCAAACAGAAGAAAAUAAUUCGGACCAAGGGGACUAUCCCGAAAUUGACAAAUUAAGUAUUGUCAGUGAAACUGAUUCUGGGGUUGUCUGCAACAGUAGACCAAGUAGUUACAUUAGUACACCAAGUAUUCAUAAUCUUUUUUUGUCAUCAACUCAAUUGUCGCAGGGAUGCGUGUAUGGAAUAAAGUGCCCUGUAUGCAAAAAAGUUACUUAUUUAGGUGAAACUGGCUUUCAGUCAUUGCCUAGAAAUCGUGUUUUGGAUAUAAUUGUUGAAAAAAUUACAGAUUCUAAAACAGAGGAAAGUUUACCACAAAAGUGUGAAUUAUGUGAAGGUGAUAGCCCGAAAGAUGCAACAGUGGUUUGUGAGCAAUGUGAGGUGUGCUACUGUGACUCGUGCAGGGAACAUUGUCAUCCUGCACGUGGACCUCUUGCUAAACAUAACUUAGUGGACCCGGUCCAGGGUAAAUCAUUAUUACGUGCUAAAUUAAAGCAAAAGGACCAAAAGUGUUAUGAGCAUACAGAGGAAGUUUUAAGUUUAUAUUGUUUAACAUGUAAAAUCCCAAUGUGCAUAAUUUGUCAUCAAGAUGGGCCUCAUAUCAACCACGAGUCUCAGGCAAUAGGUGCUAUGUGCAAGUCUCACAAGACUGACCUGUCACAGACGUUACAAGCAUUGUCAGAGAAAGCAAAAACAGAAACAGAGUUUAUACAGAAAUUAAAAGCAAUGACUGAAAGAAUUCCUGCAAAUUGUGUGGAGUUUGAGUCAGUGGUUGUUGCCCAGUGUGAUGCUUUAAUAGAGGCAAUACAUCAACGUAAACAAGAGUUACUUGACUUUGUCAGCGUGGAACGUGAUAUGAAGGUUAAGAUAUUGAAGGACCAAGCCCACACAUGUACCAGUCAUCUACAGAAAACCACCAGUCUCCUCUACUUCUGUGUUGAAGUGCUUAAAGAAUCAGACCCAGCGUCAUUUUUACAGAUCUCAAGUUCAUUAUUAAAUCGAGUGUCAGCAGUGGAUCAAAACUUCUUCAAAGAAAUCGAGCUUGUACCGCGAGUGUCACCUGAGUUUGAGCUCACGCUGGACAAUACACCUGUGUUACAUGCUAUACAAACUAUGAAUUUCUUCCAAAUGAAAGCUCCUGGUCAACCAACAAUACUACCUGAAGAUUGCAGCGCUGAGAACAACAGUGUGACCAUCGCUUGGCAACCGUAUCCAGGAAGUGUAGUUGAUGCCUAUACAUUAGAACUAGAUGAUGGUAAUGGUGGGGAUUUCAGGGUUGUGUAUAUUGGUCCUGAAAUGAUGUGUACAGUUGAUGGCCUUCAUUUUAACAGUAUCUACAACGCACGUGUAAAAAGUCAGAAUCAUGCGGGUGAAAGCGAUUACAGCGAUUUAGUCAGCCUACAAACAGCAGAAGUGGCGUGGUUCAGCCUUGAUCCUACAACAGCUCAUCGUGACAUCAUCAUCUCUAACGACAAUCUGACGGCAACUUGUAACAGCUUCGAGCAUCGCGUAAUCCUCGGGGGAGUUGGAUUCUCUAAGGGCGUUCACUACUGGGAAGUAACAGUGGACAGGUACGAUAACAACACCGACCCAGCAAUUGGCAUUGCCAGAUUUGACGUUAGCAAGGCAGAAAUGCUAGGUAAAGAUGAUAAGGGUUGGUGUAUGUAUGUUGAUAGUAAACGUAGCUGGUUCAUGCAUUCAGACAUACACACAGACAGGACUGACGGAGGAAUUAAUCGUGCCAGUGUGAUCGGAAUUCUUCUAGAUCUCGACCAUAAUACCCUCAGUUACUUUAUCAACGGUGAACCACAAGGCCCCGUGGCGUUCACAGACCUGUGUGGCGUGUAUUACCCAGCAGUCAGUAUUAAUCGUAACGUACAAGUAACGAUCCAUUCAGGACUCAACCCUCCUAUAGAGUGCGAGGAUAGCGAGGACUCGGCAGCGUAAAUCAAUUUUGCUCGUCAGAAUAUUUCGAACUUUAUUGUCGUUUCAUCAUAUUAAAUCAUUUCUUAGCAGACUUUUCUUUUGCCUUAAUUAGUCUGGCUUUUAUUCUUUACGAUAUUUAAGUCAAAUAUGAUUCUAUCAGGAAAUCAUAAAGAUUUUAUAGUUUGAAUGAUAAUAGAAAAAACUUUGUUAGGUUUUCAGCUGAUUUCCCCCUCUUAUUUCCUCAACUUUACAAUUAAUACACAACAAUGAUUUGUAGUAUCACUAUUAUUAUUGUAGAAUUUUUUAUUUAGAUUAAGGAGGGGAACAUUUUUUUCCUGUUUGAUUUUAAACAUAAAAUAUUUUAAAGAAUUUAUUUACGAGUGGCAACAUUCACUGAAGAAUUCUUAAGUUUAAAAAGUAAUUAUGAUGAAAUAUCGUAGAUAAAAGAAAUUGAGCUGAUUUUAUUGUUCUAUUUUAGCUUAUCAUUAUACAUCAUGUGCUUCAUUUUUCAUUAUACCAUUGUUACAAACAUGUUUUAUUCAUAAAUUUGUAUAUUUUGAUAAAUGUGAUAGUUUUAUGAUAUCUAUUUCAGCAACAAUACAAAUGUAAUUGUACUUUAUUGUAUAAUGCCGACACAUGGUUUAGUUUUUUAGCUUAUAUCAAUGAUAAAAUGUUUGCAAUAUCUUCUUGAUUUUAAGGCAGUUAUAUAUUUAUACAUUGUUUUCUCUUUUACUUUGGUCAAACCAUAAAUUUUUAAAAUAUCUUCUUCCAGUGCAGUUGUACUAUACAAUUUUAUUAAAAUUUAGAUUUCAAAUUUUUCCUAUUUUUGCUAGGAUUGAUUGAAAUGUUGAUGCAGAAAAGACACAUGGAUUGAUUGAAAUGUUGAUGCAGAAAAGACACAUGUCUUGUUAUUUAUUUACUAUACUUGAUGUAUUUGUUAGAAACUUCUUAAUCAAAAUCCUGAUUUUAAUGACUGGGCCAAUUGUCUUUACCGGGUAUUCAUAAAACUUAAGGCAAAUACCUCAAAAACAUUUAUGGAUGUGUAUCACCAACCAUUGUAAUUGCAGUUUAUUUACUGGGUUGUUUUUUUGUUUUUUUUUCAGUAUUUAUUUACAAAUAGUCUCCUUUUAUUAUGUUUUGUGACACGUAUUUUAUUUAUAGUGUCUCUUACAUUGUUUUAAGCUACAGUGAAUAUAGGAUAUGGAAUCAGUAUUUUUAAUAUUUUGUGUUAUUUACUUAUUGCUGUAAUUACAGUAUAUUUUCUGGCACUGGUUUGAUGAAGUUAAGAAAGAAUGUUAAUGUCACUGAUAGUAUCUAUUUGUAAACUGCCUAUAACCAGUCUCUUCAAUUGCUCCAGAACCAGUCUCUACAAUUGCUGCAGAACCAGUCUCUACAAUUGCUCCUGAAUCAGUCUCUAUAAUUGCUGCAGAACCAGUCUCUAUAAUUGCUGCAGAACCAGUCUCUAUAAUUGCUGCAGAACCAAUCUCUAUAAUUGCUGCAGAACCAGUCUCUAUAAUUGCUGCAGCUACCAAUUGUCUAGAACCAGUCUAUAGUUGCUGCAGUUAUGGAUUGUAUAGAAUCAGUCUGUAAUUGCUGCAGUUACCAAUUGUUAAUAGCUGUAGUAACUGAUUAUCUAGUACAAGUCUCUACAAUUGCUGCAGUUACUGGAUCCCUAGAACAAGUCUACAAUAAUUAUUGCUGCAGUUACUACUUGUCUAGAACCUUAUCUAGAAGUAGUCUAUUUAAUUGCUGCAGUUAAUGGUAUCUUAUGUGCUCAUCAAAUGGAAAUUUCAAUCCAGAACAAACAGUCUAUUGUCUUGCAGUAUUGAUAAAAAACCACUUACUGGUACUUUACCAUCAGACAGCCAUUUAUCUACAUAAUUUAUCAACUUCAUGUUCUAAAACUGUUUUAGUGAAAAUUUGUUCACAUCAAGUAAUAUUGUUAAUAAAAUUUCAUCAACAUGAAUUAUGUGUCUAUCCCCUUUCAAUUAAUGUUAUGAUAGUUUUAAAUGGAGGCAAACAAGCAAAUGUCUUUCAAGCACAAAAUGAUUAAGGAAACUAAAAAUGUUCAGUUUUCCAUUUGUCACAUGUGACCAGUUUAUAGAAAGAAUACAGGGUAAAUUAAUUGGUUUACAAGUUAAUUAUUGUCUAACACGUCUUACAUCAAGUUAUUUUAUACCUCAUAUACAUAGAAACUUGUAAUUUUCAUUUCACAUAUUUUGUUGAUGCUAUCAUAUUCUGAAAAUGUUAAAACUUGCAGUAUUGUUGAGAAUUAGGAAACUUAUAUAUGUCAAAGGCUAACAGAUGAAAAGUGUGAAAUUUAUUUUGUGUUUUUUGGGGGUUUUUUUCUGACAAUUAGAAAUACUGUUCUAUUAAAAAAUACUGAAUACUUAAAUAUUGUCUUGAUGCUGAUUAAAUUAGUAAAUUUAAAUUUGUUUUCCUAUCUAAACUCCACACAUUGAUAAAAGCAGUUAUUUUAUGUAUAUAAGGGAAUUAUGGUUUUGCUGUAGAAUUUUAUCUUCAUAUAAAUUUUAAGCUUAAAUUAAUUUUUUUUGUUCUGCCAUAGAUUUAGACUGUUAAUUGAUGCUUAAAGUUGACUAUAUGUAUAUAGCAUAUAAGAUAUUUUACAGUUAUUACCUGUGUUCCUGGUGCUGAACAUAAAAUUCAUCUUCAACAUCGUCUUCACAGACAUUACAUUAUAUAGCUUGUACAGACAUGAUAUAAUUUGUAUGAAGAUUGCAUGAGAACCGUCACGAACAAUUUCAAUAUACAGACAGAUAAUAGCUCAUCAUCACAUGAUACAUUGCAAACAGACUGCAGACAUGAUAUAAUACAUAAAAAAACAACUCUACAAUAUCAUAUUAUUCAUCACAGAUAUUGUCUUCACAAACAAUUUAAUGUACAGAUGUGACAUUAUUCAUCACAACCACUGUUUGUACAAAAUCAUUCAUUACAAACAUUUUAUGUACAGAUGUGACAACAUUUAUGACAAAUGAUGUCGCAAUGGGACAUGAUUCAUCGUAGCAUAUUCAAAACAGUUUGUAACAUCAGCAUAUAUGUGACAUAAUGUGUGAAAUCAUUCAUCACAACACAUUAAUCUGUACAGAUGUAACUUGAUGUGUGAUAUAAUUCAUCACAGCACAAAACAGUGUGUGGCAUCAUUUAUCAUAUCUGUGCAGAUGUGACAUACCUGUGACAUCAUUCAUUACAUAACACAUAUCUGUACGGAUGUGACAUCAUUCAUUACAACACACAUAUCUGUAAAAUAUGACAUCAUUCAUCACAACACACAUAUCUGUACAGAUGUGACAUAAUCUGUGACAUCAUUCAUCACAACACACAUAUCUGUAUGGAUGUGACAUCAUUCAUUACAACACACAUAUCUGUACAGAUGUGACAUCAUUCAUUACAACACACAUAUCUGUACAGAUAUGACAUAAUCUGUGACAUCAUUCAUUAGAACACACAUAUCUGUACAGAUAUGACAUAAUCUGUUACAUCAUUCAUUACAACACACAUAUCUGUACAGAUGUGACAUAAUCUGUGACAUCAUUCAUUAGAACACACAUAUCUGUACAGAUAUGACAUAAUCUGUGACAUCAUUCAUUAGAACACACAUAUCUGUACAGAUAUGACAUAAUCUGUGACAUCAUUCAUUACAACACACAUAUCUGUACAGAUAUGACAUAAUCUGUGACAUCAUUCAUUACAACACACAUAUCUGUACAGAUGUGACAUAAUCUGUGACAUCAUUCAUUAGAACACACAUAUCUGUACAGAUAUGACAUAAUCUGUGACAUCAUUCAUUAGAACACACAUAUCUGUACAGAUAUGACAUAAUCUGUGACAUCAUUCAUUAGAACACACAUAUCUGUACAGAUAUGAGAUAAUCCAGCACUGAGGUCCAGUAUUAUUAUAAUAGAGAAGCCUUGUUUUUAAGGUGUACAUAUCAUAAAGACUGCCAGAAUUUUUACAUGUAGUCUCAAUCAAUCAUUAACUCAUCAUUUUACUUUAACAUGUUGUUUUUUUUUCUUUCUAAUUAGUGAAAUAAUCAGUUGUUAAAAGAUAUUAAGAUAAGUGCUUGAAGCAUUUAUUUCACUUCAAACAUCUAAUUUGUGAUGCAUCUCAAGCUGCAAACUAAAUUAAGCAGACUAAUUCAUUUGAUAUUGUGAUUUCUGAACAAUUUUAAAAGUACGAUUUUUUUUGUUAAACUGUUCUAACACUUUCAACAUUUUUAUAUGAAUAUUGUUUUAAGACAAACUAUAAUUUUACCAUCUGAGUUGCUGCCAUGAUAAACACUGCAACUAUAAAUGGGAGUACAAAAGAUUAAAGUCUGUAUUUAAAGGUACAUUAAGUCUCAGAAAUGAAAAUAUAUUUUUUGGGGAAGAAAAAACAAACCUGUGUGUCUUGUAAUGUUUAAAAAAUAGAUUAAGAGCUGUAAGACAAUUAUCACACGACAAAAGCACCCUUCAAUGUACAUGUAUAAUAAUUUGUUUUAAAAAUAACAAAAUUUAAACAAAGUGGUAUUUUGUCUUCCAGAAUACUAAAUCACUGUUAUUAUACUUAUGGCCUAGAGGUAAAAGAUAGUUUAGAUAUAUAACUCAGAAUAUUAAACAGAACGCCAAGAAUAAAAUGAUUUUUAGAGAUAAAAAUUAAAGUAUUUUUGGGCAUACAGGAAGAUACUUUUCUAUAAAUAAAAGUUACACCUUAAUGUUACCUGUGCUGUCUUAGCAAUAAAUUAUGUUAAUCUUAUAAAAGAAGUGCAUUAUUUAAUUGUUAUUUAUGAAUUCAUUUUAUUUGUUUUGCUAAAAACAAAAUCACAGCUUUUAAUUGAUUAGUACUAUGUGAAUAUCAUUUAUUUAUUUAUCAUGUUUUUGUAUUCGCAAAAAAGAGUCCAUCAUAUAAUAUUUAUAUAUAUUUGUGUCUAGAUUUAGACUUUUGACCACAUUUUGACCAAAAAUAAAAUUGCUGAACAAAGA